UUCAACGCCAUAUUGUUCCGACUGCCAUGGUGACGGUGCCAGGGUCAGUGUGUUGUUGUUAGCUGCUUUCGCAGUCGAUCUGUCGCGGCGGAGGCUUUAGAUUAUUUACCCGCUCGUAAUAUGCUCGGCAGAAGUAGCAUCACGAAAUAAUUUAUCACAUUCGGGAAACUUAGUGAAUUCACUGACAUGAGCGCCGUGAAGAACUCAACCGCAGCUUCAAAUGCUCCGAACAGUAAGAAGCGGUCGGGAGGAUUUCUUCGGCAGGCAAAGUCUCGGAAAGAUCAUCCAACGGACCUAGAACCGGUAACGGAAGAGGAGCUAUUUAAAAAAGACGUUAUAUCGCCUGACGAUGUGCUCCGCCUGCAGAAGAUCACAGAAAAUUACUUGUGCUCGCCCGAGGCGAACGUGUAUGACAUUGACUUCACACGAUUUAAGAUCCGGGACAUGGAGAGUGGCACGGUGCUGUUCGAGAUAGCAAAGCCACCUCCCCCAGCAUCCACAACAUCUGAAGAGGAAGUAACAGCCGAAUGGCAGGAUCCCAAUGCGGGACGGUUCGUUCGCUACCAGUUCACACCACAGUUCCUCAAGCUCAAGACAGUAGGGGCCACGGUGGAGUUCACAGUCGGGGAGCAGCCCGUGAACAAGUUCCGCAUGAUAGAGCGUCACUUCUUUCGAGAGAAACUGCUCAAGACAUUCGACUUUGAGUUUGGAUUCUGUAUUCCAAACAGCAAAAACAGCUGCGAGCACAUCUACGAGUUCCCUAGCCUCCCUCAAGAACUAUGUGAAGAGAUGAUAAACAACCCGUUUGAGACGCGCUCGGACAGCUUCUAUUUUGUGGAUGAUAAGUUAAUCAUGCACAACAAGGCUGAUUACGCCUACAAUGGUGGGGGCUCCCAACAAUCUUAGUCAACAACAACAACAAAAAGCCUUCGAGUGCUUGUAACUUUACCCAAGCUGUACAUACGCACCACAUUUUUCGCUUCUGAAGCACCCUAGCUGUAUGGUGACCCGGUAGUGCACACUGCCAGUAAGUUUCCAAUAAAGCUUACAAACCUCUCUGCAAGACAUUUUGCACCGCA